UUCUUCUAUCCUACACCUUGCAUCCAUUUUGGAAUCUUCCACUUCCCACUUUGCUCUCUCUCUCUCUCCCCCUCUCUCCAAAUAAUUAAUAUGCAAACCCCAAAUCCAUUCUUGUUCUUCGAGUUUCAACAAUGAAGUUCGGCAAGGAAUUCAAGACUCAUUUGGAGGACACAAUCCCUGAGUGGAGGGACAAAUUCUUGUGCUACAAGCCUCUCAAGAAGCUUCUCAAGAACCUUCCUUCUUCCAACCACACCAACAACGCUCCCAUCAAUCCCUCUUCUUUCACCCACCUUGAAGCCUGGUUCGUCACGAUUCUCAACGACGAGCUUGACAAGUUCAAUGAUUUCUAUGUUGAUAAGGAGGAGGAGUUUGUUAUCCGCUUCCAGGAGUUGAAAGAAAGAAUUGAGAGACUUAAAGAAAAAAGCAGUCAGAGUGAAAGGUACACUUCCGAGUAUGAGGAUGAGUUCAGUGAAGAAAUGAUGGGAAUCAGGAAGGACUUAGUCACCAUCCAUGGAGAGAUGGUGCUUCUCAAAAACUACAGUUCCUUAAACUUUGCAGGACUAAUAAAAAUUUUGAAGAAGUAUGAUAAAAGAACUGGUGGCGUCCUGCGCCUUCCCUUUACGCAACUUGUUCUUCGUCAACCUGUUUUCACAACCGAACCUCUAACGAGGCUAGUUCAUGAAUGUGAAGAAAAUCUUGAACNUCCAGAAAAUCAGUCUAAAUCACUUGAAGAUAAUACAACAAAUGUCUUACCAGAUGCAUCCUCUACUCUUGGAGAGGAAACAGUGUACAUAUAUCGUAGCACUCUUGCUGCUAUGAAAGCAAUAAAGGGUCUUCAGAAAGAAAGCUCCACGAGCAAUCCAUUUUCAUUUUCUUCCCUCUUUAACAACCAAGAUGCUGAUAGUACUGGUGCUGUAACAGCCGAAAACUCUGCAACGAAUUCUCCAGCUACCUUACAUAAUGAGGAAAGCACUGUUAAAGAUCCUGACUCUUCGUAAGAUGACUUUUUCUUUUGAGGUUGUUUCCUGUAUUUUUUUCUUUGGAUUGUUGUUUGAGGCUUGUUCAUUGAAACUGUAUGAAAUAUGACUUUGCCUCUUUGUUUAAAUACAAUAAAUUAACAUAACAAAUGAGAUAUGCAUUUACGUCUAAGAUACAUGUACAAAAAAACAAAUGCUGAAUUGAAAGUAACAGAAGUUUUUAACUCACUGUUGUAAUAAACAAUUGUAAUGGUUUUGCUUUGUAGCUGUAUGUUUUCAGUUAGCUUCCUUUUGCAUC